AUGGCAGGUGAGAGCAGAUUUAAAUGUGGUCACACUGACUGUGGUGCUGUAUGGUCGUAUGAGGAGGUUCGUAAAAUGGCUCUUCUGACCCCUGAAGAAAUGAAGGAGUUUGAAGAGAAAAUGCUCAACAACUCUAAGGAUUUCUUUGAUGUCAAACCAUGUCCUGGCUGCAACUCUUCUGUGGAGAGAGUUGAUCUGAAUGAUCUGAGUGUCCUCUGCUCAGUGUGCACAGCUGAGAAAAAGAAGGACUACAGAUUCUGCUGGCAGUGUUUGAGGGAAUGGAAAGGUCCAACUCUACGAUCAGACCGCUGUGAUAAUGAUGACUGUGUCAAUGAUACACUUGAAACACUGAGAAAGUGUCCAGAGAUCAUCUUUAAGGAUGUGAAGGGGGUCACUGGAUGUCCCUCCAUACGAGCCUGUCCCAUCUGUGGCCAACUGGUGGAGCACAGCAGCAAAUUAUGUAAAAGUAUCAUCUGUACCCGAUGUAAAGAGAAGUUCUGCUUUGUGUGUCUGAGGGUGUUUAGACGGUGUGUGAGGUCAAGUUCACCUUACGAGCUUUGCUCCAGAGGUGUCGCCCCCAGACAAACUUCUAUACCAGUGCGGCAGAUACAUCAUAAAUGAUAAAUAAUCUCAACAACAGACUCUUACUGUUACUACCAUUUAUCUGUUCAU